AUGACUGCAUGGAUCAGGGCCAGACAAGGGGUUGAAACUCGUACAUCUUGGAAAGCUCCUAUCAUCUGGGAGGGGAUGUUUGAGUCCGAUCUAUACGACCAGGAGCACAUCCACAGCCAGACGUCUGUGGCCCUCACCGUGUUUGCUGUGGGAAGGUACCUGGAUGCCUACCUGAAGACCUUCCUUACCUCUGCAGAACAACAUUUUAUGUUGGGAUUAAAGGUGACAUAUUACGUGUUUACGGAUCUACCAGAGAAAGUACCAAGUAUCGAGCUUGCUCCUAACCGAAAUGUAAAGAUUAUGCAAGUGGAAAAGCACUCCAGGUGGCAGGACAUCUCUAUGAUCCGAAUGAAAACUAUAUCAGGCGCCAUAGAAUCAGAGAUUCAUCACCACUGCAACUAUGUCUUCUGCUUUGAUGUGGAUCAGGAGUUUAAGGGAAGAUUUGGCUCAGAGGCUCUGGGGGAUUCUGUGGCUUUGUUACACGCAUGGUAUUACAACGCUCCAAACUAUAAAUACACCUAUGACNGAAACCCCAGAUCCAAAGCCUUCAUGGAAACCGGAGAUUACUACUACCAUGCCGCUGUCUUUGGAGGCUUGUUGGAAAAAGUGAAGAAUUUGACAGAUUACUGCUUUUUAAAUAUCAUGGAGGACAAACUGAACAAUGUGGAGGCUUUGUGGCACGAUGAGAGUCAUCUAAACAAAUACUUUUGGAUCAACAAACCAAGCAGGUUACUUUCCCCUGAGUACUGCUGGGACCAGGUUAUAAUGGAAAAGGGGGACAUAAACGUCAUGCGCCUCAUAUGGGCACCUAAAGAUUAUGUGGGACUUCGUCCUUAG